AUGAGUGUCUCUGCGUGCGCAAAUGACGACGCCUUUGGGCCAGCCGUCGAAGGCUGUAGAGGCAACUUCGAUUUUACCGUCGCCUUUGAGAAAAUCAUCCUCUCCAUCCUGCCCAGCGCCUGCCUCGUGAUACUCGCAGCGCUUCGGCUAGUCAGCCUGUCACGACAACCACACACAACAGCCAACAUCCUCCUCCGUAAUGUCAAAGUGGUCUUGCUUUCUGGCUUUUCCGCCACUCAGAUCGCAGUCCUGGUAGUUCUAGCCAAGCACCCCGAAACUGCUGCCCACUCCCUCUCACUAGGGGCAGCCGCCAUCACACUGCUUGCUUCAAUCCUUGCGAUUGGGCUGUCUUACCUCGAACAUUCUCGCUCGUUAAAGCCUUCUAUUCUUUUGGAGUCGUUUCUGUUUUCCACACUGCUCUUCGACAUUGUACAAGUCCGCACAAUCUGGCUCUCUCAACAGAGAACUCUUGCCAUUGUCUUCACCGUUGCCGUCGCCAUCAAAACCGUCAACUUUUGUUUAGAGGCCACCCCAAAAUCGCAAUUGAAGAACAGCCAGGAACGCAAAUGCAGCCCAGAAAUCACAAGCGGAAUUUUCAGUAUCGGCGUCUUCUCAUGGCUCAACUCGCUACUCUUCCGUGGAUACCGCGGAACAAUCGCUACCGACGACCUUUACCCUCUCGAUGCAACCUUGAAAGCAAGACGACUUCACGAUAAGCUCACAUCCACACGUCAAUUACAAGAUGCGACCGAUGAACAGAUACUAGAGUCAAUUCCUCUCAAGAAACUCUGCUGGGCACUACUGGGGCCCUUUCUGUAUCCAAUUCCAGCCCGUUUGCUUCUGCUCGCACUGAAGCUCUGCCAGCCAUUCUUCAUUGACGGCAUGUUGGAGUUUUUGGGAACCCCUGAAGAACUGCGCGACAAAAACCAUGGGUAUGGCCUCAUUGCGGCUUCUAUACUCAUCUAUGCAGGCAUUGCCAUCUCCUCUGGAACUACGGAGAUUAGCUUAGCAGCUGGCAAGGCAGAUACGGCCAUCACCCUCAUGAGCACUGAUCUUGAUCGUGUAGCCAUUGGUUGCUUUCUCCUGCAACGUCAAGUUGGAGUUUCAUUCGUCUCUCCCAUUGCCGUCAUCGCCGUAUGCUGCGUAUUGACGACGGCAUUAGGCAAACCCAUUAAUAAACGUCUGGGGUCUUGGAUGGGGCAGAUUGAGCAGCGUGUUAGCGCGACUGCCACAACAGUUGCGAAGAUGAAGUCGUAUAAGAUCUCAGGUCUUGCCGAGGUCAUGGGCUCCAUUAUUCAAAGCCUUCGAGAAAAGGAGAUCCGUAUUGGUCUACGGUUUCGCUGGCUUAUCAUCUGCACCAUUACGCUUGGCGCUGUGCCUUCAGCCUUCUCCCCACUCAUCACUUUCGCUGUCACUUCUACCUCCAGAUUAAACGUGUCAACCAUCUUCACCUCCUACUCGUACAUCGUUCUCAUCACGCUCCCGUUCACAAUCAUUUUUAACAAUGUUCCAAUUGUCAUUGCGGCUUUUACCUGCAUUGGGCGCAUUCGAAGCUUUCUUGUUUCAGAUCCAAGGGUUGAUUUUCGAUCGUGGGCGUCUGAAGCUGGCGAGGGAGAAAAGGAAAGCGGCUUGGCUUUCAAAGUUGAAGAUGGAACUUUUGGAUGGACGGCCGACAAAUCAGUUUUGACCAACAUGAGCUGCGAGAUUCCGCUGAAAGCUUUGACCAUUAUCAUCGGCCCCAUUGCUUCAGGCAAAUCGACGUUGUGCAAGGUUCUGCUCGGCGAGAUUCCCAUUCAUUCUGGUAAAGUCUCUGUUUUUCUACCCCGCGGCAGCAGCAUCGGCUACUGCCAACAAGAGCCCUUUCUCUACAACGAUACUCUUAAGCACAACAUCGUUGGUCGUUCCGACUUCAACCAGAAGAAAUAUGACGAAAUCAUUGCAGCGACACUCCUAGACGUUGACAUUCGCGCUCUUGAGCGUGGUAGCGACACAAUGAUGGGAAGCAGCGGCUCCACCUUGAGUGGAGGUCAGAAGCAACGUGUGGCCAUUGCCAGAGCGCUCUACUCCGAGGCUAAGACUCUCAUCUUUGAUGAUGUAAUGAGUGGGCUGGAUGCAAGCACAGCUUCGAAGCUGUUUCAGCGUGUCUUUGCACCCGGCGGCUUCGUGAGAAGAAACGGCAUUACCGCAGUGCUCUGUACCCAUGCUGUCGGCCAUCUGCCUGCAGCGGACCAUGUUAUUGUCCUUGGAGCCGACGGUGCCAAGGCUGACCAAGGGCAUUUCGAGCAACUUGUUGAAAGUAACGAGUACGUUCAAAAACUUGAUAUCAAGACGACCGUCACAGAGGUCCAAGAGCCACUGGCGUUAGAGACAAGUGCUUCAGAGCUAAGCGUUCCAAAGCCAAAGUUGCUGGAAGAUUCCAUCGCCGAGUCACCAAGCUCAGACAAAGGAUCUCCAGGCAGCUCAACUCGUGGAAUGGGCGACUGGGCCGUCUCCAAUUUUGGUGUCAUCUGGUUGAACUAUUGGUCUCAAGAUUCCUUCGGCCAUGAGCGAGGUUUCUACAUUGGAAUAUAUGCACUGCUCCAGUCCAUGUUUCUUAUCUCGUGGAUUCUUAGCGCAAUUGAGAUCUUCAUCUCCAUGACCACGUGGGCUGGAGCUGCUUUGCACAAGGAAGCUUUGCAGACUGUCGUCACUGCUCCCCUGAGAUAUCUCACGACUACGGACGUUGGCGUCAUUACCAAUCACUUCUCCCAAGAUCUAACUUUGAUUGACGGGGAGCUGCUAUUUGCUUUCUUCUCUGUUGCCCUCACUUUGACAGAGUCUUUUGGGAUGAUGAUUGUCAUUGCAACGGCGGCCCCAUAUCUCGCCAUUGGAUUUCCCUUUUUAUUUGCGACAUUGUACGUCGUGCAGCGAUUCUACCUCAAGACUUCGAGGCAAAUGCGACUGCUCGACCUAGAAGCUAAAAGUCCUCUCUAUACUCAUUUUCUCGACACUACAAAAGGAAUUGCCACUGUUCGUGCCUUUGGAUGGACUCCAUACGACAUUGACCACAACGAUAAUCUGCUUGACAGUGCUCAACAGCCAGCUUAUUUGCUGGCUAUGAUUCAACAAUGGCUUCGCGUGGUUAUGCAGCUUAUUGUGGCUGGCUUGGCACUUCUGCUCGUCUCCCUAGCUACACAGCUUGAGUCCAACGUGGGCCUGGCGGGAACGAGCUUGGUUAGCCUGCUGUCAUUCGGCUCCUCACUUUCCGAGCUCGUGCAAAACUAUACAGACCUGGAAACCUGUAUCGGGGCUGUGAGUCGUUUGAAGACGUUCUCGGCCUCGGUCACCCCUGAGGAUAGGCUAUCUGACAACCUCGAGCCUCCUGAAUCCUGGCCAACUAGUGGAGCCGUUGAGUUGAAGCACGUGUCUGCUUCGUAUUCUUCAGACGACGCGGGCUCCAUCGCACCGUCCGAGUCAUCUCAACGCACUGUGGACUUGGUCCUGCAUGAUGUGAGCCUAAGCAUCCUGCCGGGACAAAAGGUUGCCGUAUGCGGUCGGACUGGAAGUGGCAAAUCCACGCUAAUGCUCCUGCUCCUUCGUCUCCUCGACCCACUCAACAAUACGUCGAUGACAUUAACGAUCGAUCAAGUACCUCUCUGCGAAGUGAAACGUGGUACACUUCGACAAAGAGUCAUAGCUUUGUCCCAGGAAGCCACUUUCUUACCUGAUGGAAACACCAUCAGGCAGAACAUUGACCCACGCUCCGAAGCCACCGACGCAGCAUGUCUGUCCGUCCUUGAUGUCGUCGGCCUUGCCAAGUUUGUCAGUGGCCGAGGGGGGCUAGAUGCUUCCAUGAAGGCCGAUGAUCUAAGCAUGGGUGAAAGGCAAUUAUUUUGUCUCGGGCGCGCCAUCUUACGGAAAAGGAUCAAAGAUCAGAAGACCGAGCAAGAAAAGGCUGGGGGCGUGUUACUGCUUGAUGAGGUGAGCAGUAGCGUCGAUCAUGACACCGAUCGUCGCCUUCAGGAGAUUAUCAAGGCUGAGUUUGAGAAUUAUACGGUGAUUGCGGUGUCGCAUCGCCUGCAAACAGUCGUGGACUACUCUGACCGUGUGUUCGUUCUGGAUGGGGGUAGACUGGUUGAAUCGGGCACUCCGCAAGCGUUGAUUGCGACUCCAGGGUCAUACUUCGGAGAAUUGUGGAAGAACGACGGUGUCAAAUCUUCCACGGACAAUACUGAGACAAAUUCGGCCACAGGAGUGGUGGAGUAA